CAGACACGCAGAAGCACAGGCAACAUUAAUAAAACACACUGUUUUUUAUCCCAGACCAUGACUCCAAAGCACAAUUCCUGAAAGUUUUCAGAAAAGAUGAUCUGCUUUAUCCAGAUGUGGAACAUCAUCUUCUUCUGUCUCCCUGCCUGGGCUGAUGCAACCUCCAUGUACGGUGAGAUCUUGUCACCCAAUUAUCCUCAGGUGUAUCCCAAUGAUGUGCAGGAAUCUUGGGAAAUCCGAGUCCCUUCGGGAUAUGGCAUUCGCCUUUAUUUCACACAUAUGGAUCUUGAGCCAUCGCAGAACUGCGAAUAUGACUCUGUGAAGCUCCUAUAUGCUGGCCAUGUUGAAGGCAAGCUUUGUGGGCGGAAGAAACCUCAUGCCCCUGGCUCCUCGAUUGUGGAGGAAUUUAAUGUCCCUUAUAACACCCUCACUGUGACCUUCCAAUCAGACUUUUCCAAUGAGGAACGUUUCACUGGUUUUGCAGCCUACUACGUUGCAGUGGACUUGGAUGAGUGCAUGGAUUUUGUGGAGGAACCUUGCAGUCAUUACUGUAAUAAUUAUAUUGGAGGUUACUUCUGUACCUGUCCACCAGAUUAUUUCCUCUAUGAGGAUAAGAAAACAUGUGGAGUGAACUGCAGUGGAAAUGUCUUCACUGACCCAUCAGGGGAGAUUGCCAGCCCCAACUAUCCCAACCAGUACCCAGAGAACUCGCUGUGUGAUUACCAAGUGGCUCUGAGGCCAGGCUACUUUGUGACAUUGACCAUACGCAGUGAGGACUUCGAUGUGGAACCAGCCAGCUCAGAAGGGCGUUGCCAUGACAGCUUAACAUUUGUCUCUGGAAAGCAGCGUUUUGGUCCCUACUGUGGCAGCAAAUUCCCAGGCCCUCCUGAAAUCAAAACUAGGAACAACAUUCUGGACAUAAUCUUCCAGACAGACCACAAAGUACAGCACAAAGGCUGGAAAAUACGCUACUAUGGGGAUCCUGUAACCUGUCCCCCGAGUGUCAUCCCCAACUCAGUUCUUGACCCAAAGAAGGACAGAUAUAUCUUCAAGGACAAUGUGAAGGUGACCUGUGUGGAAGGCUACGAAAUUGUGAGGCAACGAGAUAGCAUCACGACUUUUCACUCCAGCUGCCAGGACAAUGGUGAAUGGAGCAACUCCCAUUUCAGCUGUGUUCCUGUGAACUGUGGUGAUCCCAUUCCUAUUGACAAUGCCCAAGCCAUAUAUGUCUCUGAACUUCAUGAGCCUCUGUACAAAGCUGCUUUCCAAUAUCAAUGUGAUGCACCCUACUAUACCAUAAAAACCAAGGGGGAUGCGGUGUAUCAGUGCUCAGCCAGUGGAGAAUGGGUCAAUGAAGAGAUGGGAACAAAGCUACCAAAAUGUGUCCCAGUCUGUGGGGUGCCUAGUAAUCCCAUCCGAGAGAAAGCAAAGAUUUUUGGAGGUACCCUUGCAGAAAAGGGCAACUUUCCCUGGCAGGUGUAUUUCGAUUACCCAAGAGGAAGUGGCGUACUCAUCUCUGAAAGAUGGGUAAUGACUGCAGCUCAUGUGCUGGAGGGAUAUGACAAGCCCAACAUGUAUUUUGGGGUAAUCAAUGUUGGUAGAGAAACUCUGUACUGGGAGGCCAAGCAGCUGAUCCCAGAGGCUUCAUUCAUCCAUCCUAAUUGGAAGAAGCAGCCCAUAGAAACCAGGACUGAUUUUGAUAGUGAUAUUGCACUACUGAAGCUGAGGGAUCCUGUGAAGAUGGGCCCAGACAUCUCGCCCCUCUGUCUUCCUGGUAAAUCACCUGAAUAUGAGCUGCAAGAAGGAACUCUUGGCUACAUUGCUGGCUGGGGCCAGGGGGAAAGAGGAAGAUUACCUGUUAAUCUUUGGAAGGCCCAGAUUCCUGUGGUGGACAUGGAUAGGUGCCGAUCUGUGAAACCAGAGGGCUCUGCUGAUUCCAGUGCUUACCAAUUCACUGACAAUAUGAUCUGUGCCGGAGGUGGCAAGGACAGCUGUAAGGGGGAUAGUGGUGGAGCCUAUGCUAUCCAAGAUCCUCUUGAUGACAGACGGUACUAUGUGGCUGGGCUGAUCUCCUGGGGACCAAGAUGUGGUACCUUUGGUCUUUACACCAAAGUAGUGCGUUACUUAGACUGGAUUACAGAGACCAUGAGCAAGCAUGAGGAUGAAGAACCUUGGCAGGAUUAG